UGUAGGUCCUUUUCUUCCCUUGUGUUUCCCACUUAGAGAAGUUCCUUUAGCAUUUGUUGUAGAGUUGGUUUGGUGGUGCUGAAUUCUCUUAGCUUUUGCUUGUCUGUAAAGCUUUUGAUUUCUCCAUUGAAUCUGAAUGAGAUCCUUGCUUGUAGAGUAAUCUUGGUUGUAUGUUCUUCCCUUUCAUCACUUUAAAUAUAUCGUGCCACUCCCUUCUGGCUUGUAGAGUUUCGUCUGAGUAAUCAGCUGUUAACCUUAUGGGAGUUCCCUUGUAUGUUGUCAUUUUUCCCUUGUUUUAAUAAUUUUUCUUUAAUUUUUGUCUAUUUGAUUACUACAUGUCUUGGCAUGUUUCUCCUUGGGUUUAUCCUGCCUGGGACUCUCUGUACUUCCUGGACUUGGGUGGCUAUUUCCUUUCCCAUGUUAGGGAAGUUUUCAACUAUAAUCUCUUCAAAUAUUUCCUCGGGUCCUUUCCCUCUCUCUUUUCCUUCUGGGACCUCUAUAAUGCUAAUGUUAGUGUGUUUAAUGUUGUCCCAGAGGUCUCUUAUGCUGUCUUCAGUUCUUUUAAUUCUUUUUUCUUUAUUCUGUUCUGCGUCAGUGAAUUCCACCAUUCUGUCUUCCAGGUCACUUAUUCGUUCUUCUGCCUCAGCUGUUCUGCUAUUGAUUCCUUCUAGUCUAUUUUUUAAAAUUUUUAUUAUUGUAAUGUUCAUCUCUGUUUGUUUGUUCUUUAAUUCUUCUAGGUCUUUGUUAAACAUUUCCUGCAUCUUCUGGAUCUCUGCCUCCAUUCUGUUUCCGAGGUCCUGGAUCAUCUUCACUAUCAUUAUUCUGAAUUCUUUUUCUGGAAGGUUGCCUAUCUCCACUUCAUUUAGCUGUUUUUUGGGGGUUUUAUCUUAUUCCUUCAUCUGGUAUAUAGUCCUCUGCCUUUUCAUUUUGUCUGUCUUUCUGAGAAUGUGGUUUACAUCCCCCAGGCUGCAGGAUUGCAGAUCUUCUUGCUUCUGGUGGAUGAGGCUAUCUAAGAGGCUUGUGCAACCUUCCUGAUGGGAGGGACUAGUGGUGGAUACAGCUGGGUGUUGCUCUGGUGGGCAGAGCUCAGUAAAACUUUAAUCCGCUUGUCUGCUGAUGGGUGGGGCUGAGUUCCCUCCCUGUUGGUUGUUUGGCCUGAGGAGACCCAGCACUGGAGCCUACAGGCUCUUUGGUGGGGCUAAUGGUGGACUCUGGGAGGGCUCACACCAAGGAGUACUUCCCAGAACUUCCGCUGCUAAUGUUCUUAUCCUUGGGGUGAGCCACAGCUGUCCCCCACCUCUGCAGGAGACCCUCCAACACAAGCAGAUGACAACGGCAACACGACAAGAAGUUCUUGGCCUCUACCGCAGAAUUUUCAGGCUUGCGAGGAAAUGGCAGGCUGCAUCAGGGCAGAUGGAAGACACCAUUAAAGAGAAACAGUACAUAUUAAAUGAAGCCAGAACACUGUUUCAGAAAAACAAAAAUCUUACAGACACAGACCUGAUUAAACAGUGUAUAGACGAGUGCACAGCCAGGAUUGAAAUUGGACUACAUUACCAGAUUCCUUAUCCAAGGCCAAUUCAUCUACCUCCUAUGGGCCUUACCCCACUACGAGGCCGGGGACUUCGAAGCCAGGAGAAAUUGAGGAAAUUUGCCAAACCAGUAUAUCUCAAGUCUCACGAUGAAGUUUCCUAACCCAGAAAAAAAGUUUUUUUCUGAGAAUGAUGAGCCAACUAGGUCUUAAAUGUAAACCAGACAACAAAGCUCUUCUUGAUUGGGAGCAAAAAUCCAAAUAUCUUCUUAAAACCUUCAAAAUACUGGUACUCACCCCAUGGCGUGUGCUCACACAUCACUCCAGUUUGUCAGGAUCUUGCUGCCUGAGUGGCCAGCACUAACCCUAGAGGUCAUGGACCUUAUAUCCUCACUGAAGCAUCAUCUGGAAACAAGACUAAGGCCUGUGGGCAGAAGACUGAAGGGUGACAAAGCUCUUCAAGGGAAUGCCGAUCACCACACAUGCCAGCUGACAUGAAGAAAUUAGCCAGUUGCUGGAAGUUCUCAUGGCUACUAUAAAACUAUAUACCACCCCUCAGAA